UUCAGAAUUUAAAACUGGAAAUGCAUUAGAAUUGACUCAACAUUGAAUGCAAGCUUAUGAACAUUCAACAAUUUGAUUGCAGUCAAAUCUUUAACAAGUUCCAUAAUGACAGUUUGACGCAUAUGUUCCUCGCAAAACCUUAUACCUACGAUCUAACUUAUCACGUGUCCUGCGUGUUAAGAGCGGUUGUUGUCCCGCAUUUUCUAUACAUUUGAAGACAGUUCCCCGGGUAGCUGCCAUAGUAUAGCGACUCUCACGAAUUCAAGAAAGUUCCCCUAAUCGCGAGCAAUUUUCAAACGAUAUCGCUUUUUUGCAAAUCUUCAGCUUCAACUCUAGAAGUAGUAGUGUUUUAUUGAGUCGCAAUAAAUUGAACUUAUUUUCUAAUUCAAAAUGUCAGACGAGAAAAAGGAUUCUAAAGAAUCGGAGCACAUCAACUUGAAAGUGCUUGGGCAAGAUAACGGUGUGGUCCAGUUCAAAAUCAAAAAACAUACACCUUUGAGAAAACUAAUGAAUGCUUACUGUGACCGAGCGGGCCUGGCGAUUGCUGCAGUCAGAUUUCGAUUCGAUGGACAACCAAUUCAUGAAUUAGAUACACCAUCAACAUUAGAAAUGGAAGAAGGUGAUACUAUAGAAGUAUAUCAACAACAAGUAGGCGGGAAUCUACUAUAGAAAUAAUAAUAUCAUACAUCCGUACAUUAUCACAUUUAAGCGUACAACUAGUAACUUUAAUAUCCUUGACGAAUACGUUUUUCUAUUUUAUUUUUAAAUGUAAGUAAGGUUCAAAAAUUAAACAGAAGUUAUUUUGUAACUUUAUUCCAUUUAAAGAUUUACAAAUGUCAUUAUUAUUCAAUAAGUAAGAAACUUUUUUAUUUUACAUAAAUUUCUUAAAUUAUAGAAUUCUAAAGUAAUUUAUGUAACUACAGUGAAUGUAUAUUUUUAAAUAAAUGUAUAAUAGCAAA